UUAGGGUCUCCUCUCCGGGUGACUGAAUCCCCGCGGAGGAAGAGGCCUUGAUGGAGUAGAAGAAGCGGGUGGUGCUGGAUUGGCUGGUUGGUGAGAGGCCGGUUUUUGUGUAUGUAGGGCGAGGUGAGAUGGUACGACGGUACGAAAAUAGCCUUUCGGGGAAUGUUUUCGCGCGUAAAUUACCGGGCGAGUGAGCGCGAUGGUGUUAUUAAUAGAUUGCGUAGAGGGAACCACUGCCAAAAUAUUCGCGGGUCGCGAAAAUUUCUCUUUUUUUUUUUUUGGGCGGUUUUCGUGCCGUCGCGUCGCCAAUUUUAUCGGCCCACUUGUUGUUCGAGAACGGGACAAGAAGAAAAUGUCAAUUUGACAGAAGUACGUGUGGAAUUGCCAAUUAGUAGGCUGGCCGGAUGCGACAUAACGCAAGAGGCCAUGUAACAGAGAAGAAGAAGAAUUGCC